AUGACAACGGGCGGUCAGUGUGUUCUUCACCCGAUCCAGAAAUUGCCUUUUGUCUCCUCCUCAUCUCUUGUUAAAAACGCUUUUCUCUCUUUUUGUGCUCAAACAUCAAAUUGUGCACCAAAUUGUUUGCCAAUGCUCACACUUUCUGAUCUCUUGUAUACUUUUUCUUUUCUUGUUCUUCAAUACUCAAAAAAAAGUGAAAAAAGUUAA